AUGUGCUGCACGCAUGAAACCCACGAUGUAGGUCCAACAUUAAAUCUCACCGUCGGCGCUCGUAAAACUGACAGUCAUAGGAGUUAUUGUUUCACCGUUACAACUGGAACGCAAGGCGCCGUCGGGAACAAUGAACGUCACAAUUUUAAGUCUCCCGCCGUUUGGAAACGGCACAGAUCACUUAAACCACUCAAGCCA